UACUCUUAACAGUUUCACUCUCUUUUCUUUUCUUUUCUCUCAAGAUCUAAUGAUCAUGCAAUUUUCUCUUCAAUGCCCAUCUUAGUUUCUUGGGUUUCUCCUCAAGAAUUAUGUUUCCUUUCUUGAAAUUGCUCCUUUUCUUGCUUCCAAUCUCGAUUUAUUACUCCCAGUCCUGUAAUGGCCGCAUCUUUACCUUCAAAAUGCACCAUCGCUACUCAGAAAAACUCAAGAACCACUUCCCGCAAGGAAAAUGGCCGCCUAAAAGAAGUUUCCAGUAUUAUUCAGAGCUAGCCCACCUCGAUCGGACAAAACGUGGCCGCAAACUCUCCAAUGUGGACUCAUCUCUCGCUUUCUCUGAUGGAAACUCCACUUUUCGAAUUAGCGCUUUGGGAUUUUUGCAUUACACGACGGUGGAAUUGGGGACGCCGGGAGUGAAGUUUAUGGUGGCGCUUGAUACAGGGAGUGAUCUGUUUUGGGUGCCUUGUGACUGUAGCAAAUGUGCGCCUACUGAGGGAACUGUUUAUGCUUCUGAUUUUGAGCUUAGCAUAUACAACCCCAAAGAGUCAUCAACUAGCAAAAAGGUCACUUGUAACAACAAUUUGUGUGCACACCGUAAUCGUUGUCUUGGAACAUUCAGCAGUUGCCCUUACAUGGUAUCUUAUGUCUCUGCUCAAACUUCUACUUCUGGGAUUUUGGUAAAGGAUGUUCUGCACUUAACAACUGAAGAUAGUGAUCCAGAAUCUGUUAAAGCAUAUGUCACAUUUGGUUGUGGACAGGUUCAGAGUGGUUCGUUUCUGAACACUGCUGCUCCCAAUGGUUUAUUUGGGCUUGGCAUGGAUCAAAUUUCAGUUCCUAGCAUUUUAUCAAGGCAAGGUUUAAUAGCUGAUUCUUUCUCAAUGUGUUUUGGAUAUGAUGGAGUUGGACGGAUCAGUUUUGGGGACAAGGGCAGUCCUGACCAGGAUGAGACUCCAUUCAAUCUGAAUCCAUCACACCCAACCUACAAUAUCACUGUGACUCAAAUUCGAGUAGGGACAACUUUAAUCGAUGUAGACUUCACAGCUCUUUUUGAUUCUGGGACCUCAUUUACGUAUUUAGUUGACCCAGCCUAUGCAAUGGUUUCUGAUAAUUUCCAUGCACAGGCAAAAGACAGGCUGCGUCCUCCUGAUCCCAGGAUCCCCUUCGAAUAUUGUUAUGACAUGAGUCCUAAUGCAAAUGCUAGUUUGAUACCUAGCAUGAGACUUACCAUGCAAGGAGGAGGACAAUUUGCUAUAUCCGAUCCAGUAAUUGUUAUCUCCACUCAGAAUGAACUUGUAUAUUGUUUGGCUGUUGUGAAGAGUACCGAACUCAAUAUAAUUGGACAGAACUUUAUGACUGGCUACCGCAUUGUAUUUGAUCGAGAAAAUUAUGUCCUGGGAUGGAAAAAGACUAACUGUUAUGACAUGGAGGAUUACAGCAAGUUCCCGAUGGAACCACAUGCCUCCAGCGUGCCUCCUGCUGUUGCUGCCGGACAACGUAACUAUUCUAGUCAACAAUCAACAAAGGAGGGCAGGAAUAACCAUCAGAGUUCAGUUGCAUCACCAUAUUACUCUCUUCACUCUUGCUUUGUAGCUAGCUUCACAUUCAUCUUCACACUAUACAAUUUAUUGUAGUCUAUUCCAUAGCCAUUCAUUUAUCAGGAAAGCAAAUAGUAUCAUAUUUUGAUAAUAUCUCAAAUUCUUUUUUUCAUUAGGUCAUAGCUGUGCAUAUAGAAUACACCAAUGUAUAAAUUCUUAUUGUAUAUCAGUUUUUUGCCCAUUGUCCAUAACUUCCUGUGGCCUUUAGCUUCA